AUGAGUUUCCCUAUUUUGGCCAACAAGGGCUUUGUCGAGGCCGUUGGCAGUACACCUUUGAUCAAGUUAAAUAAACUAUCCAAAGAGGUGGGCAGAAAUAUAUACGGCAAAGCAGAGUUCCAGAACCCGGGAGGCUCCGUUAAAGAUCGUGCAGCGUUGUAUUUGGUGGAACAAGCAGAAAAAAGCGGCCAAAUCGAUCCCUCCCGUCCCGCUACAAUCGUAGAAGGGUCUGCUGGAAAUACAGCCAUUGGAUUGGCACACAUUGCUAGAUCCAAGGGCUACAAGUCCAUUUUCUACAUGCCAAACACACAAUCUGCAUCGAAAAUUAACCUACUGAAAUACUUGGGUGCAGAAGUGCACGCAGUGCCUGUUUGCCCCAUCUCUGAUCCAUUAAAUUUCAAUAAUAGAGCAAGAGACCACGCCAAGCGUCUUGACAACGCUAUAUGGACCGACCAGUUCGACAAUCCGGCCAAUUGGCAAUCCCACUACUACACGACCGGACCAGAGAUCCUAAAGCAGCUUCAAAAUGCGGGUUUAUCAUGCGACGCCUUCACGUGCUCUACUGGCACUGGAGGUACGUUCACAGGUGUUGUCAAAUACCUUAAGGAAGCCACCAACAAUCAUACCAAAGCCGUGGUCGCCGAUCCCCCGGGCUCUGUGAUCUAUUCUUAUGUCAAGACUGGUGAAAUGAAUCGCGAAGGUUCCUCUUUUACUGAGGGAAUUGGCCAAGGUCGCAUUACCAAAAAUCUGCGGCAAUCUCUAGACUUGGUUGAUGACGCGAUUUUCGUUCCUGAUGAAGAAAGCAUUGUCAUGCUAUACAGACUUCUAGACGAGGAAGGGCUUUUCCUGGGGGGCACCAGUGCUCUUAACGUCGUGGCAGCUGCAAAGGCGGCAAAGAAUCUACCGGAGAACAGUAACGUUGUCACAAUCUUGUGCGACAGCGGGCACAAAUACGCUGACAGACUCUUUUCCAAAAAGUGGCUCAAGGAAAAGAAGUUAUUCGACCAUAUUCCUAUCUCUUUGCAAAAGUACGCCAGUCUAGAAUGA